CCCAGUUGCAAAGUUGAGCAAUAGGUGGCUUCAGGAAAGGCUUCGGAGUUGACUUCUACCAACAUGAGGGCUGCUGGAAUUCUUGUCUUCUGUCUCUUCUCCUCCAUCUUGUCAACAGUGACAUCUCUAAAGUGUCAAAAAUGUUUUGCCUUUGGAACUGUAUGCGAAGGAGGGGCUGUGAAGGUGGCGGAGUGCAAAGAAGAUGAAGAAUUUUGUUCUACUAUAGCUGUCAAUACUACUAUGUCCACAAUUUCAGUGAAUUUUAUUGUCAAGGAAUGUUCAAAACGUGAGGACUGUUUUAUUGGCGUCUACUCCACCACAACAGUAGAUGGUAGAUUUGAAAUAGCUAGAGCUAACUGUUGCCAGACUGAUGUCUGUAAUGCAGAACCAUUUCUGUUGGAAAAUUAUGAUGAACUUCAACCAAAUGGGUUACAUUGCCCAGGCUGUUUUGCAUUAGAUGAGGAUUCUUGUGAAGCCAAUCAAUCUGUAAACUGCGUUGGCGAUGAGGAUCAGUGUCUUACCCUAAGUAAUACCAUAACGGCUUUUGGAAAUUUCACUGAAAAGUCCUCUUACCAGGGAUGUACGACAAAGAAUUCAUGUUCCUUCCCGCUAGGAUUUUCUGAGAUGGCCGACGGGCAGAUCCAGUUCAAUACCACUGUCGUGGAAUGCAGAAAUGCAUCUUCUCCUGAACCUGAUCAUCCGUGAUAGUUCGGAAGAGCCGAACCAUCUUUGCAAUUAUUGGGAAAUUUAUAAAAAAAAUGGGAAAGUUGGAGAUUUAAUAGCGAGAUAAGUAGAGAUUGGAAUUAACAGAUGCUUUUGAUCCUUACCUGAGUCAGUAGGGGAAAGCUGGAAAUUCGGGGCAAAGAUGUUGAACCAUCAUGCUUUGAGACCACAGCUCAAUAAAAUAUGUGUUUUCAAUCUUCAAAGUCCACAGAAUCAUCAUAAAAACGAAUUGAUUUGACAAAGGAAUCUGCA